UCACUUCAGACGAAAUGUGUGCUGGUAACGAGCUUUGAAAACAGCAAAGAUCCUGGACUGUCCUGUAUUGAGGGUGCGGCUAACUAGCUAUCAAAACCCAGAUUAAGCACCAAAAGAAGAACUGUCUGACAGUUAUAUUUGAGAUGGAACAGACCAGUGUUACAGAACCCAUGGAAAUGGAAUCAAAUACUCUCCACAACACCAUAAACAACACCUGUGACCUGUAUCAGCAUCGCAGCAUUGCAAGGAUUCUGAUGCCCCUGCAUUACUCCAUCGUUUUCAUAAUAGGGUUAACUGGAAAUGCACUGGCUCUGCAUGUCAUCCGUCCCAACUUAAAGAAGAUGAACUCCACUACCUUAUAUUCGGCCAAUCUCGUCAUCUCCGAUAUUCUUUUCACCUUGUGUCUGCCUUUGCGCAUAGUGUACUAUGCAAUGGGCUUCCACUGGGUGAUGGGGGAUGCACUGUGCAGGAUUACCAGUCUGAUAUUCUACAUCAACACAUAUGCUGGUGUCAAUUUCAUGACUUGCUUGAGUGUUGACCGGUUUAUUGCUAUCGUACUGCCUCUCCGCUUCAGUCAGUUCCGGAAAGUUCACAAUGUCAAAUACAUCUGCAUGUUUGUGUGGUUGAUAGUAAUGGCUCAGACACUACCAUUACUCACAAUAUCUCUCUCCCAAAAAAUCGAAGGGGAAUACAUAACCUGCAUGGAAUACCCAAACUUUGAAACAGUAACAAGCCUGCCUUAUAUGCUUCUGGGUGCAGUGUUUCUAGGAUAUGUUAUUCCAGUGGUAACCAUCUUGGUUUGCUAUUCUGGAUUAUGUUGGAAACUGCAAUUCUCUACGAAACAAAACCAAUUUGCUGAUAAAUCUGGGAGGAACAAAAAGGCCACACGCGUCAUCUUUUUUGUGACUCUUGUGUUUGUAAUAUGCUUCAGUCCCUACCAUAUUGACAUUGUGCAGCAUAUGAUUAAAAAACUGAGUUAUGAUCCCAGUUGUUCGGAACAAUAUGCCUUUCAAGUGUCCCUUCAUUUCGCGGUGUGUCUGAUGAAUUUCAACAGCUGCAUGGACCCGUUUAUCUACUUCUUUGCCUGCAAAGGCUACAAGAGAAAAAUAAUGAAAGUAAUGAAACGACAAGUCAGUGCCUCCUUCUCCAGCAUGGUCAGGACUUCUCCAGAUGGCUCCCCGCGGGACAUAAUGGAUAACAAAAUAGUUUUAAUGCCGUUAAAUAGUAUUAAAAAUAAGUCCCAGAAUAGUGGCAAGGUAGAAACAAUACAACUGUGAAGGGCUUUACAACACAGAGUUUACGGGUCAAGGUGUCUCUGAAAAUGAGAAAUCCCAAGAACGUUUCUGAAAGCAUAAUUCAACUCAAGAAAAACAUAUGUCCAGUAGUGAGCAGUGUCAAUCUACCUUCUCCUGUUUACAACACAGGUAGCUUUACAAUUAAAGUUUGAGAUUGCUGAGUAAUGUGUCAGUAAAUAUUUGCUAAUACAAGAGAGGCAUCCAAUUCUCAAUAAAAUUGAAUGUUUUCCAUUUGUUAUACAGUGGCGAAGCUUAUAUCUAGUUAUAAAAGCAUUGUUUAGUCUUUCCGUUUUUGGGGGUAACAAUUAUAUUGUACAAAUAUUAAAUGUACUAUCCUUUAUUUUUUAGGAAGACUAAUUAAUACUAGAUUUGUUUAAAAGUAAUCUUGAAAUUAAAGCCUUUCACACAGGCUGGCUAAAAAAUAUAUAAGCAAAACGUAAUUCAAGUUUAUGGGUUUCUAAUUUCUGCUUGAAUCUUGAACAACAAUGGAUUGGGGCAUGUGAACCACCAAUGACUCUUUCCUUUUAGCUUUAAAAAGGGGAAGUCAGUUAAUUCUGUAACCUCUUAUCAAAGAUGAACUCUGUUCAUUAAAAUGACGAAUUAUGUAUUUCCUAAGAACAGAUAAGGAACAGCAGCCAGUUUCGUAAAACACCUUAAAUGUGUCUUUAGAUUUAGGGUGUUGUAAUGAAUACAUUUAUCUUUCAAUGUUGCACUAGUUUCUAAGAGAAAAUGCCACGUCUGUUAUGUAUAUACAGUAUCUAACUGUUAGAUUGAGCACCGUCAAAAGACUGGCUGACCUUUUAGAGCUUUAGCAGCCAGAUAGAUCAGUAUAGUUAGCAUCCAUCAGAGUACUGGAGUUUACAAACACAGUACUUUAUUGUAACUUUUUGAUCUUCAGCAAUAACUUAAUCAGGUAAAACAUAUAUGUUACAACAGCUGCUACCAUCAAAGUAAAAUGUAAUUUACCGAAAAGCCUAAUGUACCGGUAAUGUAAUCUUAAUAGCAACUUCUUUUGUAUAUACUGUUUGUCCUUUUUGUACCUGCAUUAACUUAAUUUACAUUAACAGUCUGUUGCUUGUUUUUACAGUUUUCUGUAUAAAUUACACAUUUUUGCGUGCUCUACCCUGCAAAAAUGUAUAAAUAAACAAUGUGAAAAGUUGUGCAAUACUAUGCUGGUCUUUCUUCAGUUCACUAUAUGUAUUAACAAAAAAUCAUUCAAACUAGAAAAAAAAAAACUUGAAUAACUGCAUUUUACAUCUUGUACCAGGCAUGAAACACAGAUUACAAUUCUCAAAAAUAUGGUAAUCUUUAAAAGUAAAUGACAAUGCAGGUGUGAGGUGGUGUUGGCUUCAAUCACAGUGAUGACUCGAUUAGAGGUUGAAACCAUAACAUUUAUAAACGCAGCUAAAACCUUGCUGCUUUGAAACUUCUGUUCUUCGUGUUUGUGUUGACAUUUCCAUGGCUACCAGGAGAUCCCUGACUUGCUGCAAAAAGCAUUUUUGUAUCAACUUUGUUUAGGAUGUUGGUAAAAUGUAAUUUAACCCUUUAAAAAAAAAAAUGUUUUUCAAUAUCUCCAGUUGGUCCCCCAGCAAUAGGAGUAAUUUCCAGAAACUGCACACUGGUCAAAUAAAAAACACUGAAACUAAUGCUUAUAGUAGUGUUAUGAAUCUGUCUAUAAAAUGGAGCAACUGAUGCAGUAGGACCUUCCAUUGUUUCUUUGCUUGGUUUGGGACAAAAAACAACAUUUAAAAAAAAAAAAAAAAAAAAACAGGUUAAAAAGUUAAGUGAAGGAGGGUAUGGUAGAAGCUAACUUUUGUUAAGAUGUGGAGUUCUCAGAUCUGCCACUUUUCAUUUCAGAAUCCUGUUUUAUUUAUGAACAGUCACCUAUUUAAAGUUUCUGUUAAUAUUAUCAAGCACUGUAUUGGUGUCCUUGUUGAUUCUGGGUAAAAAUAUCCACAGCACCUGAAACACCGGGCCCACUGCCAAAUUAGGUGUGGUAAAGUCUAUUGUCAACAUUAUAAGAGUUAAUUCCUAAAUGUUAACAUGCAUUUUACUCAGCAAACAAAGCUCAUUUCUCUUUCCUCUGUUUUUUUUUUUUUUUUUUUUUUUAACAGUAGAGAGAAUGCAGGUAGAUAAUUACUCUCGGACUACACCAUUUUAUAGCAGGCACAGGCUUUGUUUGGACUGUCUGAACUACAAAUACUGUCACAUUCCUGCUUACACAGUUGUAGAGUAGUUCAUAAUUAGGGAUAUUUC